AUGUCGUACGACGUGGAAUUUCCCGUUUCUGGCGAAUCCGUGUCUGAUGUUGGAAAGCCAUUUUGUCGUCGUCAUCACCAGCAUAGCCGCAGUGAGAUGGUGUGUGCCCUUGCUUCUCACAUUGCUUCUCACAUUCUCGUAUCGUUCUUUGUCAACAGCUUUGCAUCGCCAACACAGGCCCAAUUGCCUCCCUCGUACCUGGCUUUCGUCCACUUCCGAAAGCUACGACACGAGAGCUUGUUUUUUGUGGGCGCCGGAUACGACGGCUACGCCCUGGGUGGCCGCGCCAGCCUGGGGCCAGCCACAUCGCAAAGGAACAGCAAGUAG